AUGCCGCCCCCAUCCCAACUCUCCAUCGCCACAUCCGCCCUCAUCCGCCUGGUCAAGGAAGAGCGCAGCUACCACAAGGAAGCCGAACAGCAACAAGCCAGCAUCACCAAGCUCGAGCAGGGCGGCGGCGACGAGAAUGCCGAGUUCACGUUGAAGCAGGAGCGCAACGGGCUCGAGCAGACCAAGGCCAUGUUUCCCCAGCUCAAGGCGAAGAUCGAAGAUGCGCUGGCGAGAUUGGAGCAGCAGCUGGAGCAGGAUAAAGGUCCAGGUGAUCAGAGCAGUCCGGAGGACAUCACUCGUGCGAAGGAGGCGGUUGCUGAGGCGAAGACUGCCAUUCGUGAGGCGUCUUGA